UGGACUUGGAUCCCUCACCUGUCCUCUCACCUGUAUCUUGUCAAUCAUUAACGACUCAGACCAACACGGAAGCAACAGGACACACGUCUGCGAGAAUCACUCCCAAAACCUCAGCCUUUUAUCCCUGAUUCAGUGACAUUACGAGGUCAGAGACAGGUGGACAAAGUUUUAAUCACAAUGGGAAGAGGGACAAACUGUAGCUGGAUCGAGCCUGAGAUUCCUCUCUCCUCACAAUUCUUCAGUGCUAUUAAAGGUGAGCUGUGGCUCUUCCUCAUCCCGGCCGGCCUCGCUGUUAUUCUCCUGGCCGUGUUUCUGGAGGAGUUGGGCUUCAUCCUACGUCACAUUCCCUCAUCCCGACGGAAACGGCUUUACCUGUGGAUAUUAGGAAUGUAUCCGGUUUUCACCUUCACCUCCCUCAUAGCGCUGUAUGUGCCACGCUCUUCCUCCCUGUGUAAUUUCAUUGCUUCACUGUAUCACUCCAUCACCCUGCUGAAGUUCAUGGAUCUGAUCACAGAUUUCUUUGGAGGGAAAGCUCGUAUGCUGGCUGUGCUGUCUGGACAGCAGGUGUCUCCAGAUCCUUUCCCCUGUUGCUGCUGCUGCUGUCUCCCACUGGUGGCCAUCAACAGCAGCAGCCGGGGCUGGAUGAUGUUUGCUGUGCUGCAGCUCUCUGUUGUCCGCAGCAUCCUGUUCUUUGUCACUCUGGUGCUGUGGACGGACGAACGGUACAACUACGGCGACGUGGAUUCAGUCGACCCUAACCUGUAUGUGAACGGUAUCAUCGGAGUGUCAACGUUUGUGUCCUUCUAUGGCCACCUGCUGUUUUACAAAGCAACUAAGAGCGCUCUCCAUGGUUAUGGACUGAGAGCCAAGUUCAUCUGUGUCAUCAUGGUGUUGGUGCUCUGUGGGCUACAGAACAGCAUCUUAGAGACCAUGGGUGCUCUGGAGGUCAUCCCCUGCACACCACCCUUCUCUGACCUGACCAGGUCUCAGUUGAUCUACCACUACUGUGUGAUUGUGGAGAUGUUCUGCAUUGGCCUGUAUGCCCGCCAUACUUUCUGUAAGGUGGAGCCAAGCGCGGUGGAGGAUGUGGAGCGGCCAUUCAGUGUCUGGCAGGAGGAAAAAGCAGUUCAAACAGAUGAGGUGCAGCCGGUGCGUCGGAAGCUUGCCGUGUCCUCAGAGGAGUCUUGGCCUGGCUCCUGUGUUAGUGCCUCCAAUCCAAGUUACAACAGUGACGGUGAGGAUACUCUGUGCAGGAUAGAACAUGCACCUCUGGAUGGUUUCCCCUUCCCUCAGGCCAGAGCUCAGAAGCCAGGCAGAGCCAAGUCACUGGAGCCCAAAUCUGCAGAGGAACCGGGAGUAGAUUUGACCCACAUUACAAUCAGAGCUGACAUUAACUGUCAGGACUGUAAGGGUGACACUGUGGUUUGAACAACUAUGGAGGACCUGUACCAGAACAGUAUUGAGGCAGUGCUGGUAAGCCAGUAUCAGCAACCCGACAGCUGGCACUGUCUGUGCCUUAUCUGAAGGACUGUGCUACGAUAAACAACUGAUACAUCGCCCUCUUCCUCCACACAGUGAAAAUUCAGAUAUAUUUUGGUUUACUGUACAAACUGUUACAAACUGUUACACUGCUUACACACACACACACACAUUUUUAAUUACAGAUAAGCGGAUACAAUACUCAGUCCGAUACUGGUCAAAAUCAAUGGAUCUGAUAUCACAAACAACUUACAUCUUAUAUGAUCCAAAACCCCAAAACAUAAAAUCACAUGAAUGCUUCACUAAGCACAGACUGUGAAAUGUGGGCUAUUUAUAUCUUCUUUAUAAAAGCAAAAUAUUUGUUACAUAGUUAGAACCCUAUGUUUUCAAAAUGGCCUUGUGGUAAAUGCAUCAGCACAAAUUAGUUGGUUAAAAAAAAGCUGUCUACGACUAAUAUUGGUAUUGGUAGAUAUUCAUGGUUGUGAUAUCGGGAUCUGUAUUGGACAAACAAUGUGGUAUCAUCCCUAUUUUAAUGGUACCAACCAAAUUACGUUUUUGUAAUGUCGAGUACCAAUUCACAAUAACGAUAUCAGCCCUAAGUUUAUGUAACAACUUUACCUGAGGAAUAACAUUGUACUUUCCGGUUCCUAAAUUAAUGCAAUAAAAAGGAAAUUAUUUUCCACACAACACACAAACCAGGCAAUUUAAUUUGGGUGAACCUGUGGCAAAAGUUAAGGGAACUUACUAAACCUUAACUGAAAUAAAUAGAAGCAAACACUAUAAAACAUUGCUGCUGGAACAGGUAUCUGUGCUAUUUGCAAUAUUUGAGUAGUAUAUAGUAAACGACUUACAACCAAAACAAAGCUAAUGCUAAUGUGAAGAAUACUUACAAUAAGGAUUUUAAUUUCAACUAACACAACAGAAGAUCUCUGGAAUGAUCCAACUCUUCUUGUUUGGCGUUUUGUAGCCGUUGGCCUCAUUCUUCUCUUCCCUACUUAGUUCUUCUCUGUGUCUAAAACUUGGGCAGAGUCAAUGCUGUAGCUGAUUACUGAUGCUUCUCCUCUGAGCUUGAUUUCAUAUAUAGGUCCCUCCUCCACGUGGCACUGAGCUACCACCUCUCUUUUGAUGUGUUCAUGGCCAUAGAAAGAGACUGUGACAAGCUGCUUUUCCCCAGGUUGCAGAUGACCAUACAUUGGCAAGACAUCAAAUACCUCUUCUGCACGCACAGGACACUGUGUCCUGUUCUGUUCAUAUACACUCGGCCAGGGUUUACGUGUAACUGUAAUUGCAGGAAAAGGCGUUCUAGUCUCAUUUUCGUUAUUUUUCUGCUGCCCCCCAUCUUCGUGCAUGUCUGUCUCUCUGACAGUACAGUGUUUCUGGUCCUCAAGGUAAGCCCAGCGGUAGGACACAGGCAGCUGGGAACAGUUUGUCAUGGUGAUUACUCUGAGAGUUUCGGUGUAGUUGAGCACGCAUCCAAAAUCCACUGUGGUAGAGGAGAAGUGAAGGUUGGGAAAGUGGACCUCGGCACGCAGCUCCACCCUAUCUUGUUGUGGUUGUCCUGGGUAAAACACCUCAAGGAACUUAUCCACUACCCGAGACACUCGAUCACAACAAUCAGGAUUAAAGCAUAUCCACAAGUCAACCUGUUUACCAUCAUCUAAAACCAUGGACCACGAAGUAUUUGAGCUUUGUGUUUCUGGGGCUUCACACAACGAGAAUGGCUCUUCAAGACAGAUAUUUAUUGAGACAGGUAGAGAUGAUAUAUUCUUCAGGACUAAUUUCUCAUAUAUGCGCUUGAGUUUCUCUCCUGGUACCUUCCCUAUGCAGAAGUUGAGAUGCUUGGAGGAAAGGCUGAGCAGAGGAGCAACAAAGUGACAGAUAACAUCAACAGUCAUAAUCUGCUCAUUACAGCCCUGUUCGCCCACAACACCACGGCACACCAGACGUUCCUGCACAACCUUGGCAGAGUCUGAAGAUCCCUUUAGCACCAUGUCAACAGAGCAGCCUGGUAAAAGCUUUACUCGAGAAGGGGUGAGGCUAAACACAGGCUCCUCCUCUUUUUUAGAGGCCACUGAAGAUCCAAGACUUUGAACAUCUUUCUUCUUGGGAGUGCGAGAUUUAAUGUUAGGCAAGAGGCCAUCAAUCCCCCAGUACAACCAAUUUGUCCGUUGGCCAUGGUUGGUCAAUUUUAAAUGGUACUGACAUGACCCAGGGCUAAAGUAUUGUCCUAAGUCAAGUCUGGGUGCAAAAGGCUUGUCACUAACAAUUGUGGUGCCAAUGCCUGUGGCUGACAGAGGUAUUAUGUGCGUUUGACUGUCCUGGAUGUACACUUCAAGCUUUUCCUGGAAGGUGAUUGUGUCCUUCAGGUGGGCUACUACACGUAGCUCCACCUGGCUCUGUGGAGACACUUCCCCUUCACUGGGCUCAACAUGCCAAAAGGACUUCUUAAGGCCCAAGUGAGUCGUAAAGCUGGCUGGAAUAGGGGAGUGGUUUGACAGGUUCAGAGUUCUAGUAAUGUUCAUGAGAACUGGGAUUCUGCCAAAGUCUAGCUGUGGGCUCUGAAUGUGAACAACUGGACCCUGCCCAAUAAAUGAUAAGUCCACCUCCAGAGGAGGCUGGGUACAGCCAAACAAUGCAAUACGAAGAGUGUGAUGCAGUCUUCCAGUGGCCUUAGCCAGCAGAGUCACAGGAAGCUUCACUGAAGUUUGAGGAAGAAUGACUCCUCUGGGUGUGGAACAAUAAAAAAGCAAUGAUGGAAACUCCUCAGCUUCCUUAUAAAGCACACCAUAGCAGGCAGGCAGACUGCUGGGGUUGGUAAGCUGCACUUGAUGUUCAUAGGGGAUACUGAGGAAACACCUUUGAAACUGUAACUCGGGAGUGUCCACCACAAUCUCGGGAACAACACAUCUGGCAUUGAUGGGCAGAGUCCCAAUCUCCUUUCCAACACCUUCCAUAUCCACCACCAAGGCCACUCUAUAUGUCCUGACUGUGUUGGAGCACAGAGUCACUUUAAUGGUGACAUCUGACAUAGCACACACACAAUCUUGUGCAGGGCUGAUGUUAAACUCCAUAGGUCGUGUAAAAGGAUCACUUGCAGUACUGCCUUCCCAAUUGUUUCUGAACACCUCAGAUACCUGCAUGGCACAGGUAACACUAGGAGAUCCCUGUCCAUCUCCCAGGACACGUAGGGCAAAGUUCAUAGGCACAAAGGAGGUGUUGAAUAGGGUAAAUGUCAAUGUUUGUGGAAAACCAAAGGGUACAUCUCCAAAGUUGAGCUCUGAAACAUCAAAAUGAAAUGUGGGGCAAACAACGCAACCCCUGAAGGUAAGGGUAAGUGGUUUAGGUUGUCCUUGGAUGGUUAAAAGUAUGUCCUCAGAGAAAGUUCCCAAGUUGUGACUCUGGAAGGUGAUUUUCACUGACUGGUUGGCGCCAAAGGGGAUGACACCUUCCUCAGGGCUGAAGGAGAAACAGUGGCCAAAAGUGGUGUCAGGGCAUGACAGCUUAAAAGGGGCAUUAAUCAGCCCCUUGUUGGACACCAGUACCUCAUAACAGCUUUUGUCACCAAUGAAUACAUUUUUCAUAUUCAACUGGUUAUAGUUGAGAAGAAGUUUCGGUCCCAUGCCCUCACCCUUGAUUGAGAGAGGUAACCGACACUGACGGCCUGUAAUAUCACAGUAGAUUGUUUGCGCAUAAAGCUUUGCCUUAUUAGGCUUGAAGAAAAUGUUGAACGUUUGAGUCAUUUGUGGCCAUAUUUCACCUGCCGCUGGCUGCAGAGUAAUACAGCUGUGUGACAGGGUGAGGUGGUCCAGUGGAGUCUGGCUUCUACCAUAUUGCAGAGCUCUGGUCAGUAAUGGGAGGUGAUGGAUUGCUGUGGGGUCAGCCUUGUACUGAGAAAGCAACUGCUCUCUCUCCUUCUCCUUAAUUUGUUGGAGAACUGGACUUUCCCUAAUUAUACUCAGGUCCUCCUCCUCCUUGCUCGGCCACACUGACCAAUGGUAUUGAAGAACAGUGUCACUCGUGUUAAUGAGAGACACUUUGUGUACAUUGGCCAGGGUGAUGUAAGUCUUGUUCAGUGCGACAGAGUCUGGUUCCAAGUGGAUGUCCAGUUCCUCACAAACACCAUACAAGCUGAUGUACACAUCCUCACCAGUAUGGUAGUGCAGCAACAGGUCUUGUCUGUGUUCCCCUGUGGUCAUGGGAUUGAAACUGACAACCACCUGGAUGCUCUCAUUCACUUCAAGAGUCCCACAGGAAGGUGCCACUGAGAAUGGCCUCUGUGUGUGUAGUUUGAACUUGGCUGUGCUGUUUCCAAUGUUAAUGACUUGCUGAGUCCUUUCUGUGGAAGCUUUCACUGGACAGAGAGGGAAAUGGAGCUCAUCUCGAAAGUUCAAAACAGCACGUGGCCCAAUAGCACUGACUGGGACCUCAAACCGCUCCCUGUCUGUCAUAAAAAACAGUCUGUGGUGGUAGUCCUUGUUCUCCUGUGGGUGGAAAAACACAGUCAAAGUCACAGAACAACUUGGUGCAACCUUGCUUGAUGCACCCUCUGGGCUGACCACAUGAAAAUUCUUUGAUUCCUGCAGCGCCAGCUUCAGACGUCGUGGAACUUUGUCCAUGUUGACGAGGCGCAGCUGUAACUUGUAGGUCUGUGAAGCUGUGAAGUUCUGGAAGAUCAUCUCAGAUGGAUAGGGCUGGAAAAGAGUCUGGUCCAUAUCCACCAUAGUUACUUUGUGAUGCGUAGUGCUGCUCAUGUCAAGCAGCUCCAGGAUCCUGGGUUUGUGCACCUCCUUGGUGUUUGCAAGACGUUCUUCUGUAGACUGUAACAUCUCCUGGUUGUAAACAGAUGGAAUUACCCUUCUUGGCUUGUCUGUCUUCAGGACAGGUUUCAUAUUGUAAAACCAGGACAUUUUCCCCUUUGCUUGCGUGCGACUCUGAUUGUCAGUCAUUUUAAAGGUAUUUUUAGCAAAGGUGACAUUCCAUAAGAGAGUAAAUGUUGGCUUAAAUCUCUCUGAAAUUCAGGCACAAGCUCCUUUCUCAACAUUGUUGGAAUCAAAAUUCUUUCAUGAUGGAGGUGAAGUAACCAUGACAUCAAACUCUCUGAUGUUGUUGUAGAUCAAAGGCAGCAGAAGGGCAAACUUUUCCUAAGAGAAAACAAGACUUCUGUGAGAUAGAGACUAAAAUGUGUUAUAUUAACAUUAAAUAGUUUUAAAUGUGUUGAAAUUGUUUGCCGUUUGUGUGUAGAUUGAAGCUGAAUUGUAUUAGUACCUAAACAAAUAAUUGUACACAUUUAUAAAUUAAAUUUUUCAUUUGUA